AUGCUGUUUCGAUUUCUCCAAACCCACUCGAAAACUGCUAAUUUUUCCAAAACUUUCACAACAUCCACAUUCUUCCAUUUUCCUUCAUGUUCCUCCCCCCACGACAUUUUAACUUCCUUUCUAUCCGCUUUUAUUUUCCUUAUUUCUUUCCUUCCUACAUCCAGUGAUUUCAUUCAUUUGGCCUUUCUUUCCCAUAAAGAUUAUCAGCGCCAUGCCAUUUUUAUUUCUCUUAUUUUUUCUCGGCUCCCGACAAUUCAUCCACCUAUAUCCAUCCUUUCACACUCCCCUCUUCCUCCUCAGUUUACAACACAACCUGCCAACCUAUCCCCAACCAUGGCCUUCAUUUUUUACUCUUCUUCUUUCUCUCUUACACCCCCUUUUAUAAACUUUCCAUUUUCUUAUCCUCUUUCUCGCUUACACACCCUUUUAAUAAAUCUUCAUUUUUUUUCUCUUCCUCUUUCUCUCUUAUGCCCCUCUUUUACUAAGCUUUCAUUUCUUUCUCUUUUUUUACUCUCUUAUCUUUCUUUUAACCUAACUUCACUCUCUCACAGAUGUGCCAUCACCUCUCUCUGUCUUUUCUACAAAUACUUUCAUGUCCAUUUAAUUUUUUUAUUCUUUCUUUUGUCUAUCCCUCUACUUCCCUCCUAUUGUCUUUCUAAUUCUUACAUCUUUCUUUCUAUUGAUUACCCUCUCGUUCUCUACUAUUGUCCAUUUAAUUUCUUUCUUUUUCUACUGAUGUCUCUCUUUUCCUUUGUCAUUGUCUUUCAGUUACAUCUUUCUUUUGGUCAUCUCUCUCUCUCUCUGUGUCUCUCUCUCCCUCCCUCUCCCUCUCUGCCUCUCCCUCCCUCUCUCUCAGUGAUGUUGAGAAGAAUAGACUGA